CUAUUCACUGUCUAGUGGGGAAAAGAACUGAAAAUGGGAGACCUGAAAGGAUUAAUAACAAAUCUCAACUUUAUCCUAAAAAUAAUUGAAUUUAUUCUUCUUUUGAUCGCUGUAAUUAUUUGGGCUACAGAGCAAAUGACGUAUGGCUCACUGAAAGUGUACACUGUAUUUAACAGCUACCCACUAGUAGUUACCGCUUCAGCAACUUGGCUUAUGAUCACCCUGAUUUUUAUCAUUGUUUAUAUAGCGGGUGAUACAAAACCCAUCUUCGAAAUGCUAUUUAUUGGAUGCGGUUUCUUGAUGAACAUUAUAGGAGGCUUUGUGGAUAUCAUAUUUGGCAUUAAAGAGGAAGGCAAUUUUGCUGCGUUCUUGGUUCCCAUCAUGCUGCUUUUGGCUGGAGCUCUGUAUUCAUCAAAAUUCGUGUUGCGCAUUUCUAAAGAUGGAAGAUUAUACGAUUUUUCAAUUUUUUUACUUAUAUCAGUCAUAUUAAGAACGAGUCACCCCACUUUCUCGAAAAUAUUGCCAUUACCUAGUGCUGAAGGACAUUAUAUCCCAUUUUGCAUUGUCCGUACGGCGCCGUGACUGCGAGAGUGUUGUUUAUACCGCUGGUUUUUACUUUACAGAGAGUUUGUCGGAUUAUACUUCAAGAACGGGGGAAGUUCUGUCGAAAUAGCCUUGGACCAAUUUUUUAAUUAAAGACGAUAAUCUUUGUGUUAACUAAGAAAAAAGCUGUACAAUGAUACCUGGUUUUUCAGUUCAUACCUGCAUAGAGUUACGCCGGUAAAAUUUAAAAGAAC